AAGUCUAGAAUCUUCUUCACUCAACAAACGGCUUCCCUAAUUCACUUAGUCAAAAUUAGAAACCCUAUCUAUCUUGAGGGUUCUAGCAUUUUCGAAUCCUUUAUAAAAAUUAAAGCAACACGUUCCUGUGGGUGAUUAUACUUUCUUCAGAUUUAAUAUUCCAUUGAAAUAAGAGUGUAAAAAUGGCGGGCAAGGAAGAUUUGGCGCUGGAUUUGGAUGAAUUGAAGCACCUUCACAGCAUCGCGAAGAGGCCGCGCGUUCUUUCUCUGAUUUCCUCCGAGAUUGCCAAAUUGGAGAAGAUAUCAAAUGAAGCUGCUCCUGCACCAUCUCUGCAAACAACAACUCCAGCAGUAUCAAUCCCGCCAAAGGCGGCAUCAAAUCCGUUGUUAAAUUAUGUUACACUUAGCUCCUUCAGCUGGGAUCAGGAUAAUGAUAAAUUGAAGAUUUAUAUAUCGUUGGAGGGGGUUGACCAAGAGAAGAUUGAAGCUGACUUUAAGCGGACGGCUUUCGACAUUAAAUUCAAUGAUGUACAAGGAAAGAACUAUCGUUGUGCUGUACCAAAGUUGAACAAAGAGAUUGAACCCGAGAAAUGUAAGUUGAUUGUGAAGCCAAAGAGGGUGGUUGUCAUCCUGUCAAAGGCAUCCAAAGGUAACUGGCUGGAUUUGCACUUCAAAGAAGAUAAGUUGAAGCCAAAUCUAGAUAAAGAGAAGGAUCCAAUGGCUGGGAUAAUGGGCUUGAUGAAGAAUAUGUACGAGGAAGGUGAUGAGGAGAUGAAGAGAACUAUUGCUAAAGCAUGGACUGAUGCGAGAUCUGGCAAAGCAGCUGACCCGUUGCAGAGUUAUCGGUAAAAAAUUGUGAACUUAUUACAGGGUGAGAUUAGCGUAAGUUGAAUCUGGGCUAGGUGGUUUCUGAGGGUUUUCUCCGGGUGCAUUUUUUGUGUUAGAUGAGUGUUGUGCUUCAAAAAAAUUGUACGGUCUUCAUUUUGCUUGUCUAAAUGGGAUGUUAUCGAGACUUGUGUUUGGUGCACGAUUUCUGGUGAAUACAUUUGGAUUUCACUGUCC